UCCCUGAGCUGCUGGUCUUCUUUACUUUCCAGCGGCUCACAGAACAGAGAGUUUCUAUAUACAAGCAGAAGAUGUGAAAAUAUUGGGAAUAAAUAAAGUAUAUGCUUAUAAACAAGUUGUGGCUGCUCCUGGUUACGUUGUGCCUGACCGAGGAACUGGCAGGAGCGGGAGAGAAGUCUUAUGGAAAGCCGUGUGGGGGCCAAGACUGCAGUGGGAGCUGUCAGUGUUUUCCUGAGAAAGGAGCGAGAGGGCGACCUGGACCAAUUGGAAUUCAAGGCCCAUCAGGUCCUCAAGGAUUCACUGGCUCUACUGGUUUAUCGGGAUUGAAAGGAGAAAGGGGUUCCCCAGGCCUUCUAGGACCUUAUGGACCAAAAGGAGAUAAGGGUCCCAUGGGAGUUCCUGGAUUUCUUGGCAUCAAUGGGAUUCCAGGCCAUCCUGGACAGCCAGGCCCCAGAGGCCCACCUGGUCUGGAUGGCUGUAAUGGAACUCAAGGAGCUGUCGGAUUUCCAGGCCCUGAUGGCUAUCCUGGGCUUCUCGGACCACCUGGGCUUCCUGGUCAGAAAGGAUCAAAAGGUGACCCUGUCCUUGCUCCAAGUAGUUUCAAAGGAAUGAAGGGGGAUCCUGGGCUGCCUGGACUGGAUGGAAUCACUGGCCCACAAGGAGCACCCGGAUCUCCUGGAGCUGUAGGACCUGCAGGACCACCAGGAUUACAAGGUCCUCCAGGGCCUCCUGGUCCUCCUGGUCCUGAUGGGAAUAUGGGGCUAGGUUUUCAAGGAGAGAAAGGAGUCAAGGGGGAUGUUGGUCUCCCUGGCCCAGCAGGACCUCCACCAUCUACUGGAGAGCUGGAAUUCAUGGGAUUCCCCAAAGGGAAGAAAGGAUCCAAGGGUGAACCAGGGCCUAAGGGUUUUCCAGGCAUAAGUGGCCCUCCAGGCUUCCCGGGCCUUGGAACUACUGGAGAAAAGGGAGAAAAGGGAAUCCCUGGUUUGCCAGGACCUAGGGGUCCCAUGGGUUCAGAAGGAGUCCAAGGCUCUCCAGGGCAACAGGGCAAGAAAGGGACCCUGGGAUUUCCUGGGCUUAAUGGAUUCCAAGGAAUUGAGGGUGAAAAGGGUGACAUUGGCCUGCCAGGCCCAGAUGUUUUCAUCGAUAUAGAUGGUGCUGUGAUCUCAGGUAAUCCUGGAGACCCUGGUGUACCUGGCCUCCCAGGCCUUAAAGGAGAUGAAGGCAUCCAGGGCCUGCGUGGCCCAUCUGGUGUCCCUGGCUCGCCAGCAUUAUCAGGAAUCACCCUGCCCUGUAUUAUUCCUGGGUCAUAUGGUCCAUCAGGAUUUCCAGGCACUCCCGGAUUCCCAGGCCCUAAAGGGUCCCGAGGCCUCCCUGGGACCCCAGGCCAGCCUGGAUCAAGUGGAAAUAAAGGAAAGCCAGGGAGUCCAGGAUUGGUUCAUCUUUCUGAAUUACCAGGAUUUCCUGGGCCUCGUGGGGAGAAGGGCUUGCCUGGGUUUCCUGGGCUCCCUGGAAAAGAUGGCUUGCCUGGGACGAUUGGGAGUCCAGGUUUACCUGGUUCCAAGGGAGCCACUGGUGAUAUCUUUGGUGCUGAAAAUGGUGCUCCGGGGGAACAAGGCCUACAAGGAUUAACAGGGGACAAAGGACUUCUUGGAGACUCUGGCCUUCCAGGACUCAAGGGUGUGCACGGGAAGCCUGGCUUGCUAGGCCCCAAAGGUGAGCGGGGCAGCCCUGGAACACUAGGACAGGUGGGACAGCCAGGCACCCCAGGAUCUAGUGGUCCGUAUGGCAUCAAGGGCAAAUCUGGGCUCCCAGGAGCGCCAGGCUUCCCAGGCACCUCAGGGCAUCCUGGAAAGAAAGGAACAAGAGGCGAGAAAGGCCCUCCUGGAUCAAUUGUAAAGAAAGGGCUGCCAGGGCUAAAAGGCCUUCCUGGAAAUCCAGGCCUAAUAGGGCUGAAAGGAAGCCCAGGCUCUCCAGGGGUCGCUGGGUUGCCAGCCCUCUCCGGACCCAAGGGAGAGAAGGGGUCUGUUGGAUUCGUAGGUUUUCCAGGAAUACCAGGUCUGCCUGGUAUCCCUGGAGCAAGAGGAUUAAAGGGAAUUCCAGGAUCAACCGGAAAAAUGGGACCAUCUGGACACGCUGGCGCUCCUGGUGAAAAGGGAGACAGAGGCAAUCUGGGGCCAGUCGGAAUACCUAGUCCAAGACGUCCAAUGUCAAAGCUUUGGCUCAAAGGAGACAAAGGCUCUCAAGGCUCAGCCGGAUCCGAUGGAUUUCCAGGGCCAAGAGGUGACAAAGGAGAGGCUGGUCAACCUGGGCCACCAGGCCUGCCUGGAGCUUCUGGCCUCCCAGGCACUAUCAAAGGAGUUAGUGGAAAGCCAGGUGCCCCUGGCUUCGUGGGAAUCCGGGGCUUACCUGGCCUGAAGGGGUCCUCUGGGAUAACAGGUUUCCCAGGAAUGCCAGGAAAAAGUGGUUCACAAGGUAUCAGAGGGUCGCCUGGACUCCCAGGAACAUCUGGUCUCCCAGGCCUGAAAGGAGCUCCAGGGCAGCAAGGCCCCUUCGGGAUGCCUGGAAUGCCUGGCCAGAGCGCGAGAGUGGGCUACACGUUGGUAAAGCACAGCCAGUCGGAACAGGUGCCCCUGUGUCCCAUCGGGAUGAGCCAGCUAUGGGUGGGGUACAGCUUACUGUUCGUGGAGGGGCAAGAGAAAGCCCAUAACCAGGACCUGGGCUUUGCUGGCUCCUGUCUGCCCCGCUUCAGCACCAUGCCCUUCAUCUACUGCAACAUCAACGAGGUGUGCCACUAUGCCAGGCGCAAUGAUAAAUCCUACUGGCUCUCCACUACUGCCCCUAUCCCCAUGAUGCCCGUCAGGCAGACCCAGAUUCCCCAGUACAUCAGCCGCUGCUCUGUGUGUGAGGCACCCUCGCAAGCCAUUGCUGUGCACAGCCAGGACAUCACCAUCCCGCAGUGCCCCCGGGGCUGGCGCAGCCUCUGGAUUGGGUACUCCUUCCUCAUGCACACUGCCGCUGGUGCCGAGGGUGGAGGCCAGUCCCUGGUCUCACCUGGCUCCUGCCUAGAGGACUUUCGGGCCACCCCUUUCAUCGAGUGCAGUGGUGCCCGAGGCACCUGCCACUACUUUGCAAACAAAUACAGUUUCUGGUUGACCACAGUGGAGGAGAGGCAGCAGUUUGGGGAGUUGCCUGUGUCUGAAACGCUGAAAGCUGGGCAGCUCCACACUCGAGUCAGUCGCUGCCAGGUGUGUAUGAAAAGCCUGUAGGGUGGCACCUGCCACUCUGCCCCUUGCCCUCCCCUGCCCCUCACAACAGUCACCUCACAAACCCAAAUGGUCUGAA